CAACACCAGGAUGUAUUUAUUUAGGAAAAUGUGGGGUCUAUCUAUCACAGACCCGGAAGACUCUGGUCAACCUACGACAGACCCAGAAGACCCUGCUCAGAAGAAAGAGUCACCAAUUCUAGAUGAACCAUGGAGGGAACUACGCUGGAGUGAAAAACACCAGGAUCUUCAAUAUGUUCAAGAAUACAAACCUGUAAAAGAUGAAAUCAGGUACCUCCGAGUGCUUCUUUAUGGACCCGUUGGUGCUGGGAAGUCCAGUUUCAUCAACUCUGUCAGUAACGUCAUUCGAGGUCGAAUGACAAUUCCUGCUUUGGCCAGUGCAACCACAUCUGACAAAAGUUUCACCAAAAAGUAUGAAACUCAUAAAUUCAUUAAAGGACGAGGAAGCUCAAAGACAUUUUACCCUUUGGUCUUCAACGACAUCAUGGGUCUGGAAGAUGGGGAAAUACAAGGAAUUCAUGCUAGUGACAUCAACCUGGCUUUGGAAGGACAUGUGAAGGAAGACCACAAGUUCAACCCAGUAGGUCCUCUAUCUGAAGAUGACCCAGGCUACAACCCGACACCCUCUGCUGAUGACAGAGUUCAUGUCUUGGUCUGCGUGAUGUCUGCCAACGCUCCAGAGAUUAAAUCAUCAGUUUUACAGAAAAUGAAGAGUGUCAGAGAAACAGCCAGUGAUCUGGGAAUUCCUCAAAUGGCCUUAAUGACACACAUUGAUGAUGCCUGCGAAAAAACUGAAAAAAACUUGAGAAAUGUGUACAAGAGCAAGCACCUAAAGAAAAAGAUGAAAGAUUUCAGUGCAGCAGUGGGAAUCCCAAUGAACUGCGUCUUUCCUGUGAAGAACUACAGUGCCGAAAUCAACCUGAACGAUGAUAUUGAUACUUUGAUUCUGAGUGCCCUGAGGAAAAUGAUCGACUUUGGAGCUGACUUCAUUGAAAAGAUUUAAAAUGGGCUUCAGAAGACACAUUGUGUCUGCUUUACUUUACCAACGGUUAAGAAAAUGUUUUUUUUUCAUAAUGUAGUGUCUGAUUUGGGAUACUUAGUAAUAAGAACCUUAAACUUUCUACUAUUGAUUUAUUGAAAUUUUCUCCUGUGACGGUCAUUUAGUCAUUUAUUUGGGAAGGUAUUGCUGUUUCAUGAAGUUUCUUUGUCACGGCUGACUGACUCAGUCUGACCGUGUGGACCGUUGUGGAUUGCAUUCUCUUUGCCACCCCUUCUCCCCUAGAUAAAAAAAUAGGAAAUAAGGUAUGUUACAUGCUAUGGGCUAAGGUUGGGGUUAGGGAUUAGGAUACUUUGCUGCAAGACACCAUGGAAGCCGCUAGGUGGUGUGGCACUAAAACAUUAAAGGGGAAGCUUUCCCUUCCUCAAGUUCUCUGAUUGGAAAUGGAAGAUUGCAUGGGGAGUGGAAAUACUCAACCUGUCCGAUCAGCUGGAUCAAGAAGAGAAGGAAGAGCUGAGGGAACCAUUGCUGCUCCUUUUUACCUUACAUAAGGAUUAUGAGGGAUUUUGUGAAGAAAUUAUGGAUAUUAAGCAAAUGCAGAUUUAUUCUGUCUUAGAACUUGAACCUCUACAAAUAUACUGUCAUGGUCUGUCUUUUGUUCCCUCUUGUGCUCCUGUUUUAUUUUGAAGUUCAGGGUCUUGUAUUUGUGUGUCCCCUGCCUUUGUUGUAACCUUUUCUGUGUGGCUGGUUUUCCUGUGUUACUUCUGAUGUCUCUGGAUUUAGUUUGCCGGUAAAAAUAAAAAUUAUUGUUUAGUGUUAGUAUUUGGGUACUUUUCUCCACAAUUCCUGACACAUACACGGUUCAUGAGAUAUACAGAAUUUUUCUGGUACGACAGCAUACAGAAGGUUUAUACAGAUAGAUGUAUGACAUUGUGUCUGUUGUGGGGAAAGCAUGUCACUAUUUAGGAAUAAAAACUAUUUA